AAUGUGCGCAUGAAUUCGCAUGGUGUCAUUUUUUAUUAUCGCAGUGCAACAUUGUCUGUCAUCUUCAAAAACCUCAUAACCAAUCCCACUUUUCCCAACUUUUUCUUGGACACAGUAGAUAAGUAGCACUGCUGUCAUGCCAGUCAGCUUGGAUCUCAUACAUGCAAUAGUGUCGCGAACCAAGGGGUUGCAGCGGAGCACCAGAACUAUAGGACCAGUGUAACAGGCUCUUAGAACGGACUAGUGCGUGCCGUGCUUGCGCCACGAGCACGCAUCGCCCAACUUUAUUUUCCUCAUCUUUUGCAGUGCUGACCUUUAGCGUCUGUGGUCUGUGCGUAGUGGCGUGGAUGGCCGCUUCAAAAGUAUACUUUAGCUGUUUCUUGUCAGCCACAUUUGGCAAAAGUGGUAUCAUUCUACUUCUUGAAUGUGAACUUGAAUGCACUGAUGAGGCUUGUGAUAAGGAAAUGCAGAAAUGCAAUUAGUGUGGCACCUAUGUUAUUCAGAUGUGUUUUACAUUUUUAGAAAAUCAUUUUUCUAUAAGUUCUAAACCUGGAAGACAACAUUCAGAUUUGUGGUGCACUUUAUUUAACUCUUGGUAACAUUGCUUUCAUUGCUUUGCAGGUCCACCCCUUCAGCUGUUGUGCUGAUGCCCCAGCAAGGGCAAUAAUGCAAAAUAUGCGCCAGUUCAAUGGGCAUUUUGGGUGUAGCUGGUGCUUGCAUCCUGGGUUUGUCAUAGAUGGUAAGCAAACUUCGUGCCUCUCGCAUGAGAAAGCUUUCAUAUGGUAAUUAUAUAACUGUAGGACAGGUAAAGCCCAGUGCAUGAAGAAUCUUCAUAUAUAGAUUCUGAUUGUAUGCUGAUUUAAUUUCGACGUGUUUAAUAGAACAGUACAUAAUCACAGUAUAAUACUUCCAGAAAUAUUUAUUGUUUCUAUAGCAGUGCGUAAUGUGGUGCUUCACAAUCUUAUUUUUCACCUGCUGCUUCCAAUAAAGUAUCGCCAUCUUGCUGUAGCCAUUUUCAGGUCAAGUUUACUUUUCUUCAUCGAUAAGGGAGGAGCAGCCGCAUAAAAGCUGCAUUGUACAUCAGCUUGAAUAUUGAAACACCGUCGAGAAUUUGCUAUUAGCAUGUAGGAUUGACCUGCUGAUUUGAGCACCUGUGUUGUUUUCUUUUGGAAUAGGAACCGUUAAGUACACAAUCGACAAGCCAGUGCCAGACAGAACAAUGGAAGAAACCAUUGACACCAUGAAGACAGCAGCACGCACAGGGGCAAUUGUUCAAGGCAUAAAGGGUCCCACUCCAUUAAUGAAUAUGCCACACUUGGAUAUAGCCUGGGGAUUCACGCUGGAUUACAUGCAUUGUGUGUUGCUGGGAGUUGCACGCCAGUUGACAGAACUGUGGCUCUCCAGUGUGGGCCAGCCCUACUACAUUGGGAGGCCAGCACUGCUCAGUGCUGUAGACAAGCGGCUGUGCAACAUCAAGCCACCAUUGUGUUUCAGACUGCAGCGUACCCUUUCCUUCCGCAAGUAUUGGAAGGCCUCAGAGUGGCAGCAGUGGCUGUUGUGGUUUUCACUGCCUUGUUUAAAUGGCAUUUUGCCUAUCGAGUAUCUUAGGCACUUCACCUUGCUUAUUAGAGGAGUAUCCCUACUGCUAAUGGACAAUGUUAGCAGCACUGAUGUCAGUGAGAGCGCUAACCUACAAGUGAAGUUUGUAGUAGGUGUGCAAUUUCUUUAUGGAGAAAAAGAAAUGACAUUUAAUGUACACCAACUUUUGCACUUGCCCAAGAGUGUGACACUGCAGGGACCACUUUGGUCACAUUCCUGCUUUGUAUUCGAAUCAAACAUUGGGCUUGUGAAGGAGCUAGCCACAUCUGCAAAAGGAGUGCCAAUCCAAAUUGUGGAACGGCUGUUGAUGGCUAGCUCUUUCGCUAGUCUUAAAGCAUCAACUCUCCCUCAGACUAGAGAAUUUUUAACCAAAGGGAAUGCUGCAAAAUGUGGGGCAGUUGUUUUAUUUAUUGGCAAGCCACAAAAAGUACUGCAGCCAGUUUUAAAUUUGGUAAUGAAUCAUAUUGGCUGCAUGAUAGUCGGUCCCGUUGUGGAACGUGACAAAGUUGCAGUGUCUCUAUGUUUUCCACAGCAAACAGUAUAAGACCAAGCAAAAAAAACUGCACUGCUGCAAUGCUUCCUUCAGGGGCAUGUGUAAUAAUUUCUCGCAUCCUUGGGUUUAAAGACAUCGUUGGCAAAGAUAGAGUUUUUGCAGUAUGUGAAAAAUUUCACACAAGCCAGACUAAAGCUUCCCACAUUCACAAGGCCCAAAGUGUGCAGUCCAGCCAUGUCAUUGAGGUAAAGAGUGGCAUCGUUCCAUGUUUAUACAUGGAGAUUGAGCAAUCAAUUUAUCUUGCACCACUUGCUUUUAAAGCUUUUUUGAAAAACAGGCGAUGAAUUAUAAAACAUGAGUUCAAAGGAACACUCAUUUCUGCAGAAGCCCUGCAACACCCUUUAUUAAAGUUGUCGCACAUGUUUGGAAUUAAAAGGCAUCACCACACAUAGCUUUUACAGCAAAUAACAUUUAUCUCAGGAAUUCGUGGCAUCAUUGUUGUCUAAAGCUAUUCUCAGUGACAACUUGAGUGUUCAGUAUGAGCUCCGGCUACCAAACCCCAUGGCAACUGCCCUCUACGCCUUUGCAUUCUGAAACAUAUUUCCUGACAGGCACUGAUAUUGUAUGAAGUCACCUCUGCAUUGACAUUACGGAAACAGGCCAGUGUAGUUGAUUAGUACAUAUAUACAAAUUCUUGGAGUUGUACACCAGAGCAGUUGCCACUGCAUACUUAGUUUGGAUAUAUAUAUAUAAAAGGUGUGUGUUUGUGUGUGUGAAGAUUUAUCCACCAUGCGUGUUAAGUGCUUUAGGGCACCUUUAUGUAAUGGAACUCUGGUGUAUGUGCUUGUAUGUGUGAAAAUUCUCUGGAUACUCGCCUACUCUGGCUCUGUAUGGUCAUAGUAGUCUUUGUGCCAUUAAACACCAUUAAUCAUAAUCAUCUAGAUACUCAAGAGAACAAGUUGAAUCUUUGAGUGUGGUAACUAAAAUGCUCCCCAAUAUCUAACUCACAAAAUUGGGAGUUUUUAAUGAUGCCCACAGUUCGCACCUUAUCACUUGACACACUUCAACACAGACGCACAUGCGAUCGCAUUAUUAAAACACAGGACAGCACUAAACAUUACUGCUGAGGAACUAACAUCUCUGCUGGGGAUGUUCUUUAGGCUAGGUUUGUGGACAUGCAAGGGGUCAUGCAUACUGGGAAAAUGGAGGCAUAUAUGAACUUGUGGCCCUGGUUAGUCCCGAAACAGGUUUGAAAAAGUGACUAGUCAGUUGCAUGUUUUCAAUAAUGAUGCGACCCCAGAAAACAUUUAAAAAGACAUGAGUUGGAAAGUGUGCUGCCUUCUUAGUGCAGCAUUAUGGUUGGAAUAACCCAAGAAAAAAAGUCUGCAGUGGAUGAAAUAGGAUGACUUAGGAUUUGUACUAACCAUCUGUGGUUCCUCCACGUCAAGCCCACACAUGGCACAUGGCCGUUUCUGCACUUCGCUUUCACCCAAAUGCACCCCCUAUAGAGAAAAGCCUAUGCACAGCGUAGCAAGCAGGGGAAGUUGCAUAUCAGGCAAACUAGCUGCUGCUUUAUUGAUCGUGCAUGGGAACAUGAGCUUUCCGUAAGAAACAACGGUAUUGUGCAUUUGCCUGCGCAUUGUAUCUUUUGCAUGUGCACUCCGCAGUUUUGGGGAAUCAGGAUUCUGAGGAGAAUCGAGAAUUACAGUGCUACAGAGCUGAUGGAACCGCUUUAUAUUGAAUCGAGAUGGAGUGCACACGUAUUAGUGAAACUUCUGAAUUUUUUUUCAGCAUGCAUGGCAUGUCGCAGUGACAUAAUCAUCAUGCUCCUUUUCCGAUAGAUUUGCUUGUUCGUGCAUGCGUAGUAGGCUCCUUGUAUGGAUGCCCCUGACAGAAAGAAAAAUUUGUUGAAAGUUCAUGCUUGUACGUGUUAGCACGCUUUCAUCUUUGCCUGUCUUUGGCACGGCA